AUGAGUCAUCGCCGGAUUAAUGUGCUUGUAUAUUCAGGAAAUGGAACAACUUUUGAAUCCGUUCGCCAGUGCCUUUACAGCUUGCAGCGCCUCCUUCACCCAAAUUAUGCUGUCUUCUCCGUAACAGAACGUAUGAUUCUCCACGAACCAUGGACAACAUCAUGUGCCCUUCUUGUCCUACCAGGAGGUGCUGAUACAGCUUACUGCAGUUCUCUGAAUGGAAAUGGAAAUAGGAUAAUUGAUCAGUACGUGCGCCGGGGAGGUGCUUAUCUUGGAUGUUGCGCUGGUGGCUACUAUGGGAGCUCACGCUGUGAAUUUGAGAUCGGAAACAAACUCAUGGAAGUAAUCGGUAACCGGGAACUCUCGUUCUUUCCUGGAACCUGUCGCGGAUGUGCAUUCAAAGGUUUUGUGUACAACAGUGAAGCAGGAGCUAAAGCAGUCGAAUUGAAAGUACUCGGAGAAUCAUUCAACAAAACAACUAAGCGACAGAAUUUCAGAUGUUAUUACAACGGUGGAGGUGUGUUUGUCGACGCGGGAUUGAAAGAAGACAGCAACUUGAAGGUUCUUGCUAGCUAUGUUGACCCUUUAAGUGUUGAUGGGGGAGAUGGCUCGGCCGCUGUGAUCUAUCAUAGAGUUGGAGAAGGCAGGGUAAUUUUGACUGGACCACAUCUGGAAUUCUCUCCUGUCAACUUGUCCCGCCAAAAGAACGGUCCAGCAUAUGAGAAGUUAGUGGAUAGCUUAUUGGAACAUGAUAACUUAAGAAUUGCAUUCUUGAGUGAUUGUCUGGAGAUGUUAGGCUUAAGAACAGGGGAACAAAAGAGUUCAUUUCAUUUACUCUCGCCCUUGCACAUCUCUUCCUUACAGUGUGAACUUAUUCCACAUUUACUAUUAACAUGGAAACCGAUUAUUAUGGAAAGGAACGGCCAGUCAUAUAUUGAAGGAGAUAAUGACACUUUUCAUAUCGAAAAAUAUAACAACCAACAGUCCCAAAGUAUCUACACUAAUGAAUUACCACUAUCUGGCCUUCAUAUCCCGCAGGCAAAGUUAGAGUCCGGUCAGACAAACAUGAAUCAGCAAGCUCGAAAUCAUUGUAACUCAAUGAAACAAAUUAUCCUUCACGAAUGUAAAUGGCCGAAGCUUCAAGAAACACCCCACUUCAAUCAUAAUGAAUACUACGCUAAUCUUGAGAUGUAUCAAGCAGAAAAAGGAAAAGAAGUAGAAGAUUUUGGAAAAUAUCUCAUAUAUGCAGAUGUGGUAGAUAGUACUAAUACAAUGCUUGAGAAGAAUAUGAAGCUGGUCUCUCAUACUCCUAGUGGGCUAACAUUUAUAGCCACAACACAAUUAGAGGGUCGCGGACGUGGCUCAAAUGUAUGGAUUUCACCGACAGGCUCACUGGCUAUGUCUGUCUGUAUUAGGCAUCCCAUGUCGCUCAGUAAUCUAGCACCCAUCAUAUUCAUUCAGUAUAUCGCCAGCAUGGCAAUAAUUGAGGGAAUUCAAUCAUACGGAAAUGGAUGUGAGAAAAUCCCCGUCAAACUUAAAUGGCCGAACGAUAUUUAUGCUGCUGACUCUAGCCGCCUUGAUUCUAACAAAUACAUUAAAAUUGGUGGUGUUCUAGCUAAAUCUUCUUACAUGAACGGCGUAUUUGACAUUGUAGUCGGCAUUGGACUUAACAUAGAGCCGACAGCACCAACAACAUCGCUUAAUUCACUCUGUCCCUCUGAUAUGCCGCCAUUUACUCUCGAACGCCUAUUGCCUCGUAUCUUGACCUGUUUUGAGUCACUCUACCGGCGAUUUUGUCGAAAUGGUUUCGAUCACACGUUCGAGAAGCUUUACUACGGCUAUUGGCUUCAUACGAACCAAGUAGUAACACUAGCAGAUGAAAACAGUACUCGGGCGCGAAUAAAGGGUAUCACACCAGAUUUUGGCUUGCUCAAAGUUGAAGAGCUGGGCUGGGAUGAUCGCCCGACUGGAAAAAUAUUGACUUUACAGAGUGAUUGCAAUAGCUUCGAUUUCUUCAAAGGGCUUCUCAAGACGAAGGCUUAG